AUGACACUCCUCGGAUACGCAGAAACAAAAACGGAUGACAUUGAUAUCGCAGAACCGUCAUUAGAGACUGUUAUGAGAGUUAACUUCGGUAAAACUAAGCUCCACAGUGUCUUAUCAGGAAACAAAUAUAACAACAAGGUCAAGUCAUUGAUAAGUAAAGAAAAAGAACAUCCCAUCUGCAACAUUACAAAUGGACUAUCAACUCCAACUAAGCAAACCGCAACCGACCAUUUCCCAUUAUCAACAAAGCAACUUUUGAUAAGAGUGAGACAACACGGGCAUGCGCAGAACUCGUGA